CCCUUGCAGUUUUAGAGCAAUCACCUCUGGUCAUGAAAUAAAGGGAUAAAGAGUCAAAGUAAAAAGUCUAAAGAAAAUUAAGAAAUACUCACUUCCCACCACCUUUCCACCACAAUGAUGCUGUAUUGUUAGAUAACAUAAAAAGGAAGAAGCCAAACAUUGUCUUCUGCUCCCUUUCUUGGCUCUUCCUUCGGCGAGUGCCAUCCCUCCUCCUCUCACCAAGGAGGCUGACGUCUGACAGCGGCCACAGCUCUGCCUACGCUGCCUGCCACAGCGACUGAGUCCCCGGAGCCGAACGUCAGCAGAGAUAGCAGCAAGCAGGCACGUCGUCGCCGCGCAGGCUAACUCGCUUUCGAUUUUACUCACCAUGGAGACUCGCUGGACCAAGAGGAGCUCUUUAACGGCCCACAACUUCAAAAGUGGAUUGUCUCUGUGGCUGAUCUUGUGGCUGGUGGUGGUGAAGCCCAGCAGUGUGGCUGCAUGCCCCAGGCUUUGUGUGUGUUACCCUACACCCAUGACAGUCAGCUGCCAGUCCCAGAACCUCACCAUGGUUCCGACCGGCGUCCCCUACGACUCACAACGUGUGUUCCUGCAAAACAAUCGUAUCACAGAGCUCCGUGCGGAUUCUUUUGGCUUUGAAACACAGGUGCUUUGGCUCUAUGGCAAUAACAUCACAUGGAUUGAAGCUGGGGCCUUUAGUGACCUCAGGGUGCUAGAGGAGUUGGACCUGGGCGACAACCCUACACUGAGGCGCCUAGAAGGUGGAGCUUUCAGAGGGUUGGAGAAGCUGCAGAGUCUUCACAUGCACCGAUGCAAGAUUGCCAUGCUACCCCAUGACCUCUUUCACAAAUUGUACAGUCUGCAGUUUCUCUACUUGCAGGAGAAUCAGCUCCAUUUUCUCCAGGAUGACCUGUUCUCAGAUCUGGUCAACCUCACCCACCUCUUCCUCCACGGCAACCGCAUUCGUGUCCUUUCUGAGAAUGUGUUCCGAGGCUUGGUCAAUCUGGACCGCCUCCUUCUUCACGACAAUCGAAUCAGGCAGGUCAACCGUCGCGCUUUCCGCGACCUGGGCCGCCUUUCCAUUCUUUACCUGUUCAACAACUCCCUUGCUGAGCUCCCAGGCCAAGCUAUGAAAGACACCCAGGGCAUUAACUUCCUCCGACUCAAUGGCAACCCUUGGUCCUGCGGUUGUGAGGCCCGCACAUUGUGGGAGUGGUUCCGCAAAGCCCGCAUUUCCUGUUCUGAGCUCAUAUGCUCAUCACCGUCCCAGCGUCGCGGCCAAGAUCUCAGAUUCCUCCGAGAGCUCGACUUUGCCCUCUGCCCAAUGCCUGACCCAGGAUCCCUGGCCGGAAGCACGACGACCACCUUUAGCACCAAGACACGCUGGUGGUUCUCCAAGAACAAGCCCGUUUCUUCCUCCAAGGUCAAUAAUCAGAAGACCGCAGAGACAGGAAAGACAUUCCCUGUAGGGAAGCCACAGUACUUCCCCAAAACCCACUUCAACUCAUUUCCUCCCAAGUAUGAACUAUCAGAUGACGAAGUGGCUCUCCCAAAGCUCGACCCAGAAGAGUACUGGGACAACUAUGGCAACGAAGAUGCUGCCAUCCGCUGCUUUGAGCCCGAGUGUUCCCCAGGGUAUGACAAUUCAGCUUUUACAUCCUCAUUCUCAUCCAUUGCCACAAGUCCAGCCCUCCCCCACCGCCUCUACAUCUGUGUAGUUGCUUUCUGCCUUCAUUUACUUUUUGGCUGAAUCCACCAUUCGUUCAGCCUUUCUCUCAUUCCUCCGUCCUGCUCUUUUCAACUAAAAACAAAAGCCAGGGAUCUUGAUCACUUUCAAUCACUUCCUUGACCCACAAGUAGGGGGCGUUACACAAUGACAGGAAAUGGACAAGGGAGUAAAAAUGUGUUUUCAGAAGCAGAUAGUCUGCCAGUUGAGGCAAUACAAGGCUAAGCAUUAUUGUUAAAUUGUCUGCUGCUUACCAGCAUAUGUGGCCUUGACAAUAACAGGGGUCACAUCGUGGAGACUGUGAUAGGUGUCGGAACAGCACCCGUCGAUAGACAACGCACUGUAGGGUGUAGGAGCAUGUAAUUUGUUUUGCUCAUGUUGCAGCAAACUAUGCAGCAAUUCCACCUUUUUGUCUAGAGGUAUUUUCUACACGAACUCCUAACAGCAUCUGUACUGCUGCUUUCAUUUACAUCACCAAUGAAGACAAAAUCCUUUUAAGCACCUGGCUUUGCAAGACAUGAAAAUCAAAGAAAAAUUAUUCAUAGAAGGUACAUGCCAAUAAUUUGGUUUCAAUACCGUGUUUCUUCUCAGAUCACAGAGGAGAAGGAGAGACAGAGAAUGUCAUUGCAAAAUAAAAUGAAAAUGAGAAGUGUCGAGUCGCUGAGAAAAAGUGAUUGGCCAAGUGCAGUAUUUGCAGCCAAGAGUGACUCUCUUCUCUGAGAUUCCUAGUGUUGUGUUAUCCCAGCGAUGCCAGCAGCAUAGCCGCCCACACGUGUCCACGCAGCUUGAAACACCUCAAGGAACUUCAAACAUGCAUCACACAACAUACGUCAGGUGUCAUAUGCUUCUCUGCACUUCCUCUGCACUACUUUUCCCUUUUCACUCAGUUGCAUUUAGUAAUGGACACAAAAACUAAAUUGGCUGGUUAAGUCAAACAAAAUAAAAUCAAAAA